AUGGGGGACGUCGCACAGGUGAAGGUUGUCUUCACCACAUCCGAGCAAGAUCUGGUGCUUCCAGAGUCUAAGCAGCAGCUUCUCGUGCCUGCCGAUAUCAAGCGAUAUGGCCUCUCUCGCAUCGUCAACUCCGAGUCUAUGCUCAACACAUCCUCUCCCGUUCCCCUCGACUUCCUCGCCAACGGCACAUUUCUCCGCACCUCUAUCGAAGAGUACCUCGCGACCCAUGGUCUCUCCUCUGAAUCUACCCUGACGCUUCAAUACGUCCGAAGUCUGCUACCCCCGGUCUACGAGGCGAGUUUCGAGCAUGAUGACUGGGUCAGUGGCGUGGACGUUCUUUCGGCAACUUCACGUGCAGGUCUUCUUGCCGGCGGCGCAAACAUCCCUGAGCGAAUUGCUAGUGCUUCUUAUGACGGACUUGUGAGAAUUUGGAACCCUUCAGGAGAUGCAAUUGCAGUGUCUCCUGCUGGCAGAGGCGGCGGCCACACCCAGAGAGCAAAUGAUGUCAAGUGGAUUUCGCAAAAGCAGCUCGCAUCAACUGGUCUUGAUCGCAAGGUCAUUGUCUGGGACUACAGCGAGUCUGAGGACGGCUUCUCCGGCACCCUCAAGUCCAGCAUGGAGCUCUGGGGCCACGAGAGGGACAUCAACAGCCUCGACGUCAACGGCGCUACCAGCCGUAUCCUCACAGCCUCGUCGGACGGCAAGAUUGGUCUCUGGACAUCGUCGAAACGCACAGCUCCUCAGGCUGAUCCCGCCAGUCUUCCAUCUGCGCACAGUACCAAGCGAGCCAAGCUUGCGAGCGCUGCCAACACUGCCCAGCGUGGUCCUCUUGCCCUGAUCCCUGUUCACGACGAGCCUGUUACUGCUGCCAUCUUCCAUCCCAACGACGCAACAGUCGCCUACUCGGCAUCAAAAGAUCACACUGUCCGUACUAUCGACUUGACAACUCAACGCGAGGUCAGCCGACUCACCACAAUGCACCCUCUUCUAUGCGCCACGGCGAUCCCCGGAUCGUCGCUCAUUGCUGCUGGUUCGUCGGCCCGACAUAUCACCCUCCUCGACCCUCGCGAGUCAGCCACUACAACCUCAGCCAUGACACUCCGCGGGCACGUCAACAUGGUUGUCUCUCUGGCAGCUUCGCCCGAUAACGAAUACUCGCUCGUCUCCGGAUCUCAUGACAGCACAUGCCGAGUAUGGGAUUUGCGAAGCGCGAGAAUGGGUACUUCUGAGGAAGGCGGCGGUAGCGUUAGUGAACCUGUGUACACUAUUGGCCGCGAGUGGCUCAAGGGCAAGAAGCUUCCUCCUGCUGGUGAUGGAGCCAAGGUACUGAGCGUGGCCUGGGACAAGACUUGGGGUAUUGUGAGCGGUGGUGAGGAUAAGAAGGUUCAGAUCAAUCGGGGGCGGGACUUGUUUGGACCAGGAUCAUAG